GCGGCUGUCCACUGGCGGAGAGGACACCGGCCGGCGGGUAUCGGUGGGUUCAAACCACUUCACUGCUCGGACAGAAAACCAGAGGGACCGUCUGCUCGGGUCUGCUCCGCCUUCGCUCUGACACAGACCGUCACUUGGGAGAAACCCAGCACAUUCCUAUGGAGGCAUAAAAUGUAGCCAACAGUCUGCGGUGAAAUUCGUCUUUGCAAUUGUAACACAGGCGCGUUAAUGUAGUUCUAAAUAAGAUAAUUUAAAAAAAAAAGAAAAAAGUUUUUAUUAUAGCAAGAUGAAACCCUAGACUUUCUGCUUCGCAAGGUGGAAGUUGAAUUUCAGUCCAAGAGUUUCUGCCAAGAUGGAGAGCAGCACUCCUUAGCCCAGCAGACGAGAUGGGAAAAUGGGAGUUAACAAUGAACCCAGUGCAGGAGUGGGGUGAGGAGUUUGAGGACGGCGCAGUUUACGGGGUCACUCUGCGUCGUGAGCCCGUCCCUUCUUCCCCAAACCCUGGUGGGACAAGUUCAUGCAGCGCCUUUGUCCAGUACCGAACCUGCAAGGUGCGGCGUCUGAAGGCCGCUACCCUGGACCUGCUUGUGAAUCAGCUCCUCGACCCCGGCUGCCAGGAGCAGGAUUAUGGCAAGAUCAUCCUCUCCACAUACAGAACCUUUACCAGUACCUCAAAGCUCAUAGAGCUGCUCUUUCAGAGAGACAGUGCUUCCUCAGAUCUAGACAACAGUGAAUGCUACAGGAGUCCCCUGUUGGCCUUUGUCCAGACAUGGUUGGAUGAGUACAGUGAGGACUUCAGGGAUCCUCCCAUGCACCUGGCACUCAGGCUGCUGUUGGAUCACCUGAGGAUCAGCUCUGCAGUGCAUGACAAUAUGCGUACCCAACCCAACUUCUGCUCUUUGGCUGGGCAAGCUGAGGUGCUGCUCAAGAGGUUCCAGAAAGAAGAAACUGAGACAAAUGUCAGUUCUGCCCCGGCAGAUCUGGAACAAGAGGAGGUGGGAUCUGAUGAUGAGGAUUCAGGAUCUGAAAACUCUGUGGAUCAAGGUGGUAUCAUGGAUUUCUCUGCUGCAUCUGUCGCCGAACAGCUCACCCGAAUAGAUUCUGCUCUGUUUGUUAAAGUGGUGCCUUACCAGUGUCUGGGCUGUGUGUGGUCUCAAAGAGACAAAAAGGAGAACAUGUCUCCCACCAUCCGCGCCACCAUCGCACAGUUCAAUGCCGUCACCAACCAGGUCAUCAUGUCCCUGCUCUGCCAGCCUACAGACCCCACUUCCAGUCCCACUUCCUCCAGCCGGCCUCCCACUACUCCGGUGCAAAGGGCCCGCAUCAUAGAGAAGUGGAUCAGAGUAGCACAGGACUGUCGUCGGCUGAAGAACUUCUCCUCUCUCAGGGCGAUCCUGUCAGCCCUUCAGUCCAAUGCAGUUUACAGGCUGAGAAAGACCUGGGCUGCUGUUAACAGGGAUAGCAUGGCCUCAUUUAAUAACCUCUGCGAAACCUUCCCUGAUGAGAACUGUGUCCUAACCAACAGAGAGCUCCUGGGGGAGGAUGGAGGCCAAGCAGCUGUGGAUAACAUUUCUCCAAAGAUAUCCAAGCGGUGUCCGAUCCCCAGACAGAUGAGUACCUCCAGUGGAGUGGUUCCUUACCUGGGUACCUAUCUUACCGUCCUCACCAUGCUGGACACUGCACUGCCAGACACUGUGGAGGGUGGGCUCAUAAACCUUGAGAAGAGAAGGAGGGAAUUUGAGGUUCUGUCACAGAUCCGUGUGCUGCAGGCGUCCUGCUCCCAGUACAGCCUGCCCCAUCACCCCAGAAUCGCUGCCUGGCUGCAGGGAUACAAGCUGCUCACUGACCAGGAGAGCUAUGAACUGUCGAGACAGCUGGAGCCUCCAGUGGACCUGUGUUCACCAACUCUCUGGAGCCACCGCACACUCACAAAGAAGCUCUCCAGUCUCCUGACGGCGAGUGAUGGUUCGAAGAAACUCCCUGCUGACCAGAUCAGCGUUUCAUCUUCUGGAUCCAGUGGAUCUGAGAUGGAGGAUCUCUCCUCGCCAAACUCGGCCUGCUCCAUCAGACUGCAGUCCUUUCACAGCUCAUGCAACAAUGUGUGUGAGGCCUUCUCCUCCUCCUCUUCCUCAUCCUCCCCCUGCUCCUCCACGGCGUCCUCUCCAGACUCCCCUACUCCCUCCAGCUCCUCUCCUGACUGCCGGACGGACCUUUGCUCCCCAGCCUCGUCAUGCGGCGGCGCACGGCCAAAAUCCGCUCUGUCCUCUCACCACAAACGCUCUGUGUCCAUGACCUCCCUGCCUGUGUACAACCGCCAGGUGGCUGACUCCUGCAUAGUCAGGGUGAGCGUGGACCUGGCCCAGAACAAUGGCAACAUGUACAAAAGCAUCCUGUUGACCAGCCAAGACAAAACUGCUCAGGUGAUUCAAAGGGCACUGGAAAAGCAUCACCUUGAGCACAUGAACUGGCAGGAGUUCACCCUGACACAGGUCAUCUCCUCGGAGAGAGAGUUGCUCAUACCAGAUAAAGCGAACGUCUUCUAUGCCAUGUCCACCACGGCAAACUUUGACUUUGUUCUGCGGCAAUUCCCCAAGGGCCAGAAGAAACCACUGAGGGCCACGUCAAGCCUCGGAAGAUACACUAAGUAGCACCUCUAGUCUACAAAUUCUCCACGUAGAAGAGCCAGUGGGACAUUGCUGGAAAAUGGUCUUUAUUUUUAAUAGUUGUUUUAUAAGAGUAUGUUCAGAGAGAUGGACCUUAUCCUUUAUGCCUCAUUUUCACCACAGUGGUGAAAAUGUGACUUUUUUUUUAACAUGACUGAUAGAAUGAUGAAAAAGCACUUUAUGAAGAAGAAUGCAGCAGAAACUGAUGAAGCUUUAAAAACACCUGGAUCGGACAUGCUUUUAUUUCCUGUUGGAAUAAACUGUGUAUGAAUCCUGCCGUUAAACCAAAAAAAAAAAAAAGGAAAAAACAAAACACCCAUUCCUUGACUUUUCCCAGAGCUGUGUGGGUCAUAGAUUUUCUCUCUGACUCUGCUGCUAGCUGUCAAUCCCCCGCCGCCCCCCCGAGAGCUACAUGUGGCGACAUCAGUGACCUAUUUAUACAUGAGCACUGAGAAAUGACGGGCCAUUCCCCUACGCAGCUGGGUGCCAUUAAUAACCUGUGAGUUUGAAAGGGAAUGGAGGUCAUAAUGAACUCCUGGGGCCCCCGCAGCAGGUUGUCAGGCGCUGGUGAUGAGAUAGCCCGGUGCGCUCUUGUUCCUGUGACAGCGCCAUCUGAGGAGUGGGUGGGGACGUUCUCACCGGGGAUCACUGUGUUCCCUGGGAGUUUCAGCCCGGCUCCUCCAGUGUUGCUGUGAUGCUUAUCGUGUGCGACUGGCAGCCCUGACUGGAAAGAUGGCAUUCCUGAACUGGAGUAACCAUGGCAGCAAGAGACUUUGAUGGAUGGGGAUGUAAACAGCGACGGCUACUGUAUCUAGAUGAGAUAACAAUAAGGGUGAACUGCUGUGUGUGUGCUUUUAGUGUUAGCGCUAUGACUAAGUAAAUUGGAAUUUAGAUUUUGUAAUGUUUUGUAUUUAUUUUCACUCUGGUUCCACUGUGGUUCACUUUGAAUGCACCUUUAUUUGAUUGACACAUUGUGAUGACUCACCAGGUGGCUUUAACUUGUCCUGACUGGUUGAAAAAUAAUUUUUCAAAACCUACUUUUCAAAUACUUUUGCAAUAUGUGUGAUUGGUUUUGUUAGAAUUUUAGUGAUGUCUUAUUUUCCAAUGAAUACUGAGAAUAUUUAAAAUGUUUAUUAUUAUUUUUUACUUAAUUGUAUUUAACAGUUUGGUUCUGACUCAUGAAGCCUGGAUGUAACUGGUGCUUAACUCAGCUUGAAGCCUAAUGAGGAGUUUAGAUGUGAUCAUUUCACUGACGCAAACACUGAGAUUGUGAGAAAGAGGAUAAUGAUCAUAUUUUUUUUCUUGCAGAUAAAGCUCCAGGGGGUAGUUGCAAACAGGAAGAGUUAUACAGUAAACAGACACCCUUAGUAAAAUCACAGUUUUAUCACUCGAGUCCCCAUCUGGGAGUUGAGAGCAUUGCUCAGAGGCGUACAUCUCUUUCGAGGAAAGAAACGGAUGUCUCUUUGUCCUCCUCAACACACACACUCCCUAUAAACAGUAAACUCUUUCCCAAAACUCUUCUUCUCUUAAAAUUGUGCAAUAUCCUUUCUCUUGGCAACUGAAACUUGAAAUGUAUAGUAUUUCUUGCUUAUAAAAAAACUGCUUUUGUUCACUCUUUAAUGAAGAUAGUGUCACACUUGUACAACAAAAAAUAAACUUAAAAAAGAAAUCCAAGAUUUGAAAUUGCAUUUCCUCCCUGUAUUGAAAUUUCUAAUAAAGAGAUUUUCCUAUU